AUGUUUUCUUUACCUUUUAUAAGAGGGAGAAUCGUAAAUCCAAUCCCUAAGAAAGGAACAAAAGAAUAUAAAGAUCUGCAAGACCGGCUUCAUCAAAGAAAAGAAGCAGAGUUAAACAAAUCUACUGCAGUUGCUGCUCCCAAUGACACUAAAAUACCGAAAUUUCUAAGAUGGAUGCUUUGAUUCAGUGGAGUUCCAGGCGUGGCUGGAGCUUUUGGGAUUAUUAAAUCAGACUAUAACACAAGCGAAUACAAGAAAUACAUGGAGUUUUCAGGAAUGUGAAUAGGUUUAUUCAGCACAUUUAUGGGUUCAUGCAUAUGUGGGGUUGAAGCAAUGCAAUAUAAUUUAAAAGCUUAUGAAGUGGCAAGAAAUAAAUAUUUUAUAGGAUUUUAUAGAAUACUUGCAGGCUUUGCUUAUAUACCAUUAGGACUAUAUUUUAUACAUAGUGUCCAGCAAGAGAAUUGAAAAGGAUUGACAUUUUAUCUUCUCGCUCAUGAAGCACUAAACUUAUACCAAGGUGCAGGUGCAACCCGAAGAUUGAUGCCUAUGUGGGUUAGCAAUAUUCAAUGGCCAUGGUCUAUUUACUCGGGAACUGUAGUGCUAUUUAUGAUUUACUCAAUUUUGAAUAAAAAUAACUACAAUGAAAGAAUGAAGAUAGCUAAUCAAUUUUCUAACUCCCCCCCCCCCUCCGUGAGCGAACAAAAAAAUUUUGUUCGCUCACGGAGGGGGGUUUAAUUUUUUUUUUUAAAAACAAUUUAUAUAUAAAUUUUAUAAAAAAUAUUUUUUUCGAAAUUUAAAAAAAUCCUAAUUUGCAAAAAUUGGGAAGCAAAUAUUAAUUUAAUUUGCAAAAUUUAUGUUUUAAAACGCAAUUUGUUUAAAAUUAAACAGAAUUAGCUCUAGAUUUCAUUAUACUAAUUAUCACUUAUAUAUCAAAAUUUUUUUCCAUUAAAAUUUUUUCUAUUAAAAAUAUUUUUGUUCACUCACGGAGGGUGGGUUUUUGGUCAAAAAAUGGCGAUUUUUCUAAUGGUUUUGUUCGCUCACGGAGGGGGGGGGGGGAGUAAGAAAGAAUAA